AUGACUGUCCAGCACUCGCUAAUGGAUUCCUCGGCUCCUAGAGCCCCCCAUAGCGGUAACUCCAACGGUGACACUCCGAGCAGCGGACCGAUCGACUACAACACAUACAAAUAUGUCGUCUGCGAUGGGUGUCACCAAAGGCUCAGCAACGAACACACACCAGUCGAGAUGCCCUAUUGUCGCCAUAUUUUCGGCAAAGAAUGUGUGAUUGCUAGAGAGAGCCCACGAGAUGGCAGCUAUGCAGACCUCGAUCCCAACCAAGUAGUGGAGUGGGGCCGUAUCAAUGCCCAGGAGCGGGCAAAUGAGUCGGAAAGACAAGCGCAUUUCAAAAGAGAGAUGGCAAGGGAGCAACCGCUGUUUAAGAACGGUGUCCCAACUCCGAUAACAAGUUCUGGCCAGGCAAAUAAAGAUGGAAGAUCUCGCCCAGCACCAGCGAACGCCCGUUUCGAUGCCGUCAAAUUCGGGUUCCACGAGCGAGCGAAUCGACUGGAGAGGGAAGACAGAAUUACACAACGAGAGUCGGCCCAGCCCCGUGGAUGUAGCAGUAGUGCUCUACCGCCUCUCGGCGAGAGUAUAGAAAGUCAGCGUCAGAAAAAUAAAGCUGCAUGGCGAUUAGUUGAGGCACGCCGGUUGUUCAACAAUGAGCCCAAAACCAAAUCACCACCGCCAAUCCAUCCGCCCUUUCCUCCGCCAGCUGCCACCUUCAUACCUGGCAAAAGCCACAAUCAAACAGUCGAGGAGCUUCGCCACUCUGUCGGAUUUCAGACAUCGAAGGACAAAUACGCCCCAAAAGGAAAGAAAUGGUCAUUUUCCGGAACACAAUCAUCUAAUGUCGUUAACGGUCCUCUCCGACUAGAAGUGGCCCCAUACAAUAAUCCAGUUACCCCAUUCAGAGGACAAGCAUUUCUACCGAACAGGACACCUUCCUUCAGCUCCGACAACCAUACUCAACCAUCCACCUCUGGUAGCACGCCUCUUCGACCAGAAGCUGUCGCGUUCGAAAUGUCGAGAGCCUCUCCACGGGAGCAUUCGUCGUUGGUGGAUUAUGCAACAUGGCCCACGUAUACCGACUGGGCCGCAGUGCACAAAAGCUUCCGAGCUGAUGAUAUCGUCGUCCCUGCAUCCCAAUUGUAUCGAAACCCAUACAGUGGGGCCUUGUUCAACAACUCCGGCCAAGAGGUGAUACCUCCUCCCAACAAGCACCCCCUUCCCGGCAACCACCCCCUAAACAGCUUGAUGACAAACAAUCCCGAGACGUUUCACCGCGGCCAACUGGUAAAAAGCCGCCAGGUUUUCCCGCCUCCUUAUAAUCUACCAAGAGGUGAGGUUCCUUCAGCAAUCCCCGAAGGCGAAAAAGGAAUAGAACUGCUACAGCGGGCGUAUGCCGGACUAGCGGUCACGCAGCGUAAUUUACAGUUACGUCGUGCACAAGGACUUCCUCCUAUUCAGAUAGGUCCAUAUCCUCCAGCGGACCCUCCUCCAUACGCAGCCGAUUUAUCAAAUAUGAAUCAUGCAUCAUCGGAGUCGAUGGUUCCGAUGACGGCGGUGGUAGAGGAGCAGGCGAGGAGGCAUUACUCUUCGAACCCGUAUCGGGGCAACGGAAAAGAAGGAACUCCGAUUUCGCGGACUGGGAUUAGAGAUGGGAAUGUUGGGGGAGAUGCAAGUGGCUUGUCCAUUCCGCGAACAGAUAUGAUAGGUCGAGAUCUGCCACGAAGGCAACCACGGGCAGCGUGUAGGGAAGCGAAUCAUGAUGGGGGCAAGGAAGAGGAUCCGUAUUGUGGUAGAGGAGCAGGCCAGAGAAGAAAUAGGAAAUACGGUUGGAUAUUCGGUGACACGGAAAGCCAUGGAACGAAUGAAGCGGAGCACUGA